GCUGAACGAGAUCUUAUGGUUGAAGCGCUUCAGACAAUCAACGUCUGGGUGGGAAGAGGUGCUCAGAUGAGUUCGGAUGAAAGUCCGUUGAAUCCGACGCCACCAUACGUUCCGUCGGAUCCGUUCAGUGAAGAAAUGAAAGCAGUUCAAGAGAGAUGGCAUGAAAUCGACAUAAACAACAGUUGGGAGAUGCUAUUGCUACAGUCACCACCAUCCAUUAAGGCUUUAGGUGAACUGAUGGUGCUCUCUUUAACACCAUCGAAUCGUUCAUCUGUCUGCAUUGGUGAAGGUAUCAGUCUCAGGGCACCUCGAUACCAUCUUGGUGGCGCCGGAUAUCUUCAAACGCUUCUGGCGCAGGCAGCCCAAGAUAUCUUCAGGCUGUGA